AAGCUCGAAUUUUCAUAUUAGGACUUAUUUUUCCUGCUAUAAAUCUCCAUGGAUUUUCAUGGCAGAAAAUCACGCCAUUGGAUUCGACGAAUUAUAUCUCAUCUACGCCGCACGAUCUUCAAUCCGACGGCCAGAAAUUAUCCGCUAAUUUUGUAGGCUACAAAAAUGACUAUCCUCGUCGAGAAGCCGCAUCUCGUGGAGAGAAAGGAUAAGGAAGUGGAGGAGAAUGAACUUGUAUUGGAUGGAGGAUUCGAAGCUCCAGAAACGAACGCAUUCGGACACACAUUCAGGGACUACAACAAUGGCGAAAGCGAGAGGCAGAAGGGGGUAGAGGAGUUCUACAGGCUGAACCACAUCAACCAAACCUUCGAAUUCGUGCAGAGAAUGAGGGAAAGAUAUGGAAAGCUGGAGAGGACAGAGAUGAGCAUUUGGGAAUGCUGCGAGCUUCUGAACGAGGUUGUCGACGACAGCGAUCCAGACCUGGACGAACCUCAGAUCGAACAUUUGCUCCAAUCUGCUGAAGCCAUAAGGAAGGAUUAUCCCGACCAGGAUUGGCUGCAUCUUACAGCUCUUAUCCAUGACCUUGGGAAAGUUCUCCUUCUUCCUUCCUUCGGAGAGCUGCCUCAGUGGGCUGUCGUCGGUGAUACAUUCCCUCUUGGGUGUGCUUUCGACGAAUCCAUUGUUCAUUGCAAGUAUUUCGCGGGAAAUCCAGAUGCUGAGAAUCCUCGUUACAAUUCUAGGAAUGGAAUCUACGAAGAGGGGUGUGGUCUGGAUAACGUGGUCAUGUCGUGGGGACACGAUGAUUAUAUGUACUUGGUGGCCAAGGAAAAUGGAACAACUCUACCUUCGGCAGGGCUCUUCAUAAUCCGUUACCAUUCUUUCUACCCUUUACACAAGUCUGGUGCUUACGCGCAUUUGAUGAACGACGAGGACAGAGAGAACUUGAAGUGGCUAAAGAUAUUCAACAAAUAUGAUCUGUACAGUAAGAGCAAAGUUCGGAUCGACGUUGACAAAGUCAAACCAUAUUAUCUUUCCCUCAUUGAAAAGUACUUUCCAGCGAAGCUCAAGUGGUGAAUUUGUCUGCAGAAUGGAUAUUAUUUGUUAUGUUUUCAUGAUUUUGGAUAGAACUUACUUGUAAUAAUCAUGGGCUUGGCCUCUUUUAAUUUAAUUUUUUUUAUUUAAUUAA